CAGCGAUUCUACACACGCUAGGCUUGUGACUCAUUCAAACUAGAUUUUACCGGACAUAGCAAGCUGGGUAGUAAGACCAGAUGCGAUUUUUCUCCUGAAUUAAUGAUAUUAUAACUUAGCUCGAUUCAACGGAAAGUGGGAGGUAAUAUAUUAAUUAAGCGUUUGCUGCGUAUCGUAGUAAUAUUUAAAAUUAAAGAUUAUCCUUUUCGUAGUCUGUUUCCUGAUCCCGCGCGCGCUACGGAGCAAGUUGUGCGCGGGCUAUAAAUCCGCUGGUCUUCCUGUAACCAUAGUACUAGUUAACGUGUGGAUGUUGUGCCAUUCACUUAAAGUGACUGAUGAACAAUGGAUCUCUGUUUAGUCUGUAUGAUAGCCCAGAGCCAAAGAAAUCCUAACAAAGCAAAACUUACAGGAUAGCAAUACGCCCACACGUUACCUCACCUUAAUUUAUUUAUAUUCAGUCAGGGACAACAUAUAGCCUACUCUCAGUGAGUUUAGUUAACCCUCAGCUGUUACGGUUAGGGUCACAAAGAUACUUUUUUUAUAUACACACUGAUACCUCUUAAUUUUGCUGCUAGUAAAUAAUAUAUCUAUUUUGAUAUAAAUUCCCUUACAUUCAGAAGUAAACCAAUCUUUAGAAGAAUCAAUCACGCACAAUGGUUUCGACAACUGUAGCCACCCUGACCCUGGUGAGCACCACCCUAGGGAUAGUGGCCCAUGUCACUGGUGGACCACUGACGGACUACAUGUGGCUCCUCAUAGUUGGCUUCAUCAUCGCCUUCAUCCUAGCCUUCUCCGUGGGGGCCAAUGAUGUGGCCAACUCAUUUGGCACCGCGGUAGGUUCUGGCGUGGUCACCCUACGACAGGCCUGCGUCCUGGCCACUAUCUUUGAGACGGUGGGCUCUGUGCUUCUGGGAGCCAAGGUCAGCGAGACAAUUCGGAAAGGCAUCAUUGAUGUGAAUAUGUACAAUGGCUCGGAACACGUGCUGAUGGCGGGGUCUGUCAGUGCCAUGUUUGGUUCGGCUGUAUGGCAGUUGGUGGCCUCUUUUCUCAAGCUGCCUAUCUCAGGGACCCACUGCAUUGUGGGUGCGACCAUUGGCUUCUCUCUGGUGGCCAGAGGUCAGCAGGGGGUUAGGUGGCUAGAACUUCUCCGGAUUGUUGCUUCCUGGUUCCUCUCCCCGCUUCUGUCUGGCAUCAUGUCAGGCGUCCUUUUCUACUUUGUUCGUAUGUUCAUCUUGCACAAGAAAGACCCCGUGCCAAACGGUCUGAAGGCCCUGCCUGUCUUCUACGCUGUCACCAUGAUGAUCAACCUGUUCUCUAUCAUCUUCACUGGAGCUCCAAUGCUUGGAUUUGACAAGGUACCAUGGUGGGGCACACUGAUCAUCUCUCUGGGCUGUGGCGUGCUGACUGCCCUGUUGGUCUGGUUCGUCAUCUGCCCACGCCUCAAGAAGAAGAUUGAAAGAAAAAUCCAGUCGUCCAGCCCCUCUGAGAGCCCCUUAAUGGAGAAGAGGGACGUGCCCACGCCCUGCACCAUCCUGAAGCCUGUACCUGAAGAACCCUCUGUGCCCCCCUCUCCUGCCUCCCCAGCUGACAACACCACUGCGCCCCAGCCUGCCCAGGAAGAACGCAGGGUUACCUUUGACAUUGGAGAUUCUGACGAUGGCGACAAGGAAGGCAAGGACUGUGAGAGCGGCGACGCCGAUGGCCCGAAAGUGCAGUUCAGCAACGGCCCCGCCCACGUCCCGAGCAAUGGAUACAGUCAGUACCACACCGUGCACAAGGACUCCGGGCUCUACAAAGACCUGCUGCACAAGCUUCACCUGGCCAAGGUGGGCGACUGCAUGGGCGAGGCGACCGACCGGCCCAUCCGCCGCAACAACAGCUACACCUCUUACACCAUGGCCAUCAUCGGCAUGCACGGGGACUUCCGGCCCAAGGAGGGCGAGUUCCACGCCAGCGAGGACAAGGGCUCAGAGGAGAAGAAGAAGCGCGUGCGCAUGGACAGCUACACAAGCUACUGCAACGCCGUGGCCGAGCACGGGGCCCCCGAGGGCCUGGGGGAGGCCGAGGUGACGCUGGAGUUAGGGGAGGAGGACGCCGGCAGCAGCCACAGCUCCCUGGAGGAGGACAAGCACGACUCAGACCGGCCCGAGGUCUCGGAGCUCUUCAGGUUCCUUCAGAUCCUCACCGCCUGCUUCGGGUCCUUCGCCCAUGGAGGCAACGACGUCAGCAAUGCCAUCGGUCCCUUGGUAGCUCUGUGGCUGGUUUACAACAGUGGUUCGGUGAACUCCACUGAACCCACUCCUAUUUGGCUGCUGCUGUACGGAGGUGUGGGCAUCUGCGUCGGGCUCUGGGUCUGGGGACGCAGAGUCAUCCAGACAAUGGGCAAGGACCUCACCCCGAUCACGCCCUCCAGUGGUUUCAGCAUUGAACUGGCCUCAGCCCUGACCGUGGUGGUUGCCUCCAACAUCGGCCUGCCUGUCUCCACCACCCACUGCAAGGUUGGCUCUGUAGUGGCAGUGGGCUGGCUGCGCUCCAGGAAAGCUGUGGACUGGCGUCUGUUCCGGAACAUCUUCUUGGCUUGGUUUGUGACUGUGCCGAUCUCUGGCCUGAUCAGCGCGGCCAUCAUGGCCCUCUUCACCUACGUCAUCCUGUGAGCCCCGGGCUCCCUGUACCCCACAACUGGGGAGGAGAGAACAAGCGCCCACUCAUCUGAGUGGAUCAGAAGGGAAGGGGACACCAGGUUGGAAGGUGGAUAUAUCUUGCUAACCCCUACCUAACACACCCGAAAAAGAAAAGAAAAAUGCAUUAAGAAAUGUUGUUUUUUCUUUUUUUAAGGAUUUUUUUUUUAAAGUCAGUUAUAUGGGCCUGCACUUGGUUGCAUAAUUUUAACCUUAAGUAAAGGUUGUUUCUGUAUAUGACAGAUGACUUACAGUGGGAAGUUUUGUUUUUAUAUAUAUAUUAUUUUUCCCGACUGCUGUUUUUCUUUUUGCUUUUCAGUGCUCAUGAUCUUGUAAAUAGCUAAUUAUAUCAACCAUUUUUUCCCCCUGAUACUCCACUACAUUAUUUUUAUUAUUGUGUAAUUAUGUACAUACAAACAUUUCUGUUAUCCUGUUUCACAAGUUCGAUGACAAACAAUUACAAAGCAGUAUUAGCCUUAGACAGAUCAAUGUCUUCUUUCUUACACAUGCUCAAAGUAACCUAGAAUACAUUAACUUUUUUUGGGGGGGGGGGGGUAAGGCAAGGUUAUUGGUGUUUUUCCCUACCUUUUUUAAAUUGUCAAGAGAAUCUGAGUGUCUUGUCUCUAAUCUUCUGAAGUGUGUACUUGGAUUGGGUCAGCUUUUCCCCCCACCCUGAUGUUCAUGGGAGCUUCAGUUUGCCCCACGCCAAUUACCGAUUAAAUAAAUUUGACUGUCACAGCCAAUCAACAGAACUUGGUCUGUAAAAUAAUACAGAAAUUGACACAAAGACCUUUGAGCUGAUUCUCAGCUUGUUAGGGUGGUCCCUCUUGUGUACAUCUGGUUAUUUUGGCCAUUAACUCACUGACAUUAUUCAAUUAAAAUAAUGUUUUAGUAGUGUACUAAAGUAAUUUAUCGGGUUUUACUGAAACAAGUUCAACUUGAUGCAGAGAGCCCUUGUUUGACAGUCAAAUCCAUCCCUGCCGGCCUCAUUGUGUCUGCAACACACCAAGCAGUGGAUUAGAGCCUUUUGUCUCCACUCACCAUAUGCUCUUGUUUUGAGCAUAGACAUUGUGUUACUAGGAGACCUGGCCUCUCACUUUACAGAGCUCCCACCACUCUUGAUUUUGGGAUGAAUUGCGUUGCUCAUGUCUUAUUUUUCUUAAUGUUUUUUUUCCAUCUGUGGCCAUUUGAAAUAAUAAUAAAAAAAAAGUCAAACUGAAGUGGAAGGAGGAAGUUGGUAAAAUCUGUCUGUUCUGGGUCUGCUUUGGCAUUGUGAAUGAUAACAGACCCACCUUAAAACAUGAGGGAAACCUGAACACAUGUACUGGUCAAAUGUGGGUCAAUGCUGGGAGGAACAGUUAAAUGAAAAUACCUUAAAUGUCCUGUUAAACUUGAUCGCAUCAAACUAGACUGAUUAAUGUUAGCUUCUAACACUCAAGCAUCCUGUAGUCUCUGUUUUGCAAUUUAACUGCAGAAUUGUAACAUGUAACUUCCCUGUACUCAAUCUUUAGAAUGUACAUGUGCAUACAGAUCAGGUUGUUCCUGUCUUUUUCUCAACUGUUUAUCUGGUUGAUGAGAGUUGGCAGGUUACUAUCCUAACACUUGUGGUUGGUUAAGGAUGGUGUGGGCUUGCUAUUGUGGCACCUCGCCCAGAUUCUCUGUUUGGUUUGAGGGGUGCAUACAUUACGGCUGUGGUACCACCAAGAGAUGGAGGUAUUGGUAGGAGGGGUGCAUACAUCAGUGCUCUGAUACCAACAAGAGUUGGGGGAAUUAGCUUCUGCACUAGAAAAUAAAUUUAGACCUGUAGAUGCUGUAGUUGCCUUAAAAUGUUUUAUUUUUUAGGUACCAAAGAAAAGACUGGUUUGUUAUGCAGACUGGACUGGGGAAAGGACUAAAUAAACAAAAGUUUAAAGCUG